CCCCUUGGCUCCUUGCCAUCUGCCUGUCCCUGUUCCUCGCCGACAGCAUCCCGCUGCCGUUGUCUCUCCUGCCGGCUUGGCUCCGAUAUGGUCAUCAGCACCCACGACUCGGACGACAUACUCGGCAUCGAGGUCCAGCCCAUCGAGUCGAUGGAGGAGGAUGCCGAGAUGGUCGAGGUGUCCGCAGUCGAGCCCGAACCUGUUCAGCCCGAACCAGCUCUGCCCGCCGACCCCUUCGACCCUUGGGUCCAUCCGGUCGAAGCCUUCAUCCGGAUGGCCCGCGACGAGCCCGAUGCCCUCUGCAUCAACACCUAUGAGAGCGGCGAACACUCGGUCAAGUACAUCCUUCACCACUACACCAAGCCUGGCCGCACCAUAGGAGUAACGUUGGUGGACGGCGGCACUUUCCCGAUGCUCAGCGAGGUCCCUGCUCCAUCGCUCGAGCUCUGUGAGCCACUCGACGACUUUGUCACCAUCCAGUGCACCUCGGGAACGACAGGCAUCCCCAAAUCUUUCAAGUUUGCACACACCGGAGCCAUCACCAUUCGAACUGCGAUCAAUAUUUUGAAGGGGAGAAUCGGCUUGUUCCAACUCCCAUCGUUUGUGGCCACAUCAAGUAUUUUCCUCAGUGCAAUGAACCUUGGAGGAUCUGUGUGGUUUCCAAAGGCGACAUUCAAUACCAUUGAGAAAGCCCAGAUCAUUGCGCGAAUACUGGAUGAAGCUGUGGCCCAUGUGUAUCUGACUACCUCGUUCAUGAAACUUGUCAUCAGCACCGCCGCUUCCCGGAACCCGAACGCCAAAUGGAUGGAAGUUAAGCGCGUUGCAUUAGGCUCCGAAAUUGUUCCAAUGAGUGUCCUUCACCGCACAAGGAUAUACUUUCCAAAUGCACAUCUUAUAUCUGGAUAUGGAUCGAGUGAGACUGGAGCUGUUGGAGCAUAUUCCUAUUUGCAUAUUACAGCCAACAGCCCCAUUCCAGAGAAAUUGGUCUGCAAGCUGGCUAAGCCUGGGGUGCGCUGCCUCCUCUUUGACGAGGAGGGCAAUAUCGUUGAUCAAAAUGUCUCCAACAGCGGGAUCCUGGUCUUUGCCGUCGACCCCGACCAUCCCGUCCGCAACCACCCCGACUUUGUCAACGCCGAUCCAAACGACAGACUGGCCUCCUUUGGCUUCCUCAGCGACGGCUCGCCCCGAGUCUGCACCAUGGACUGGGUCGAGAUGGUCAGCGAGAACGAAUUUACUGUCGUUGGAAGAUUCGACCAGAAGAUCAAGGUCAACGGUGUCUAUGUCGACCUGAACCAUCUCGAGGCCCUGGUCGUCCAGCACCUGAGCCACACCAUCGCCGACUGUGCGUUUGUCCAGACCUCCGAGAAGAAGAUUGUGAUGCUGUAUGUUCUCCAGGCCCGCCCCACGACCCGCACCGAGCCCAGCGACAUCAUCCGGAUGACCCAGGAUCUGCUUGCACUCGUCAACGUCUCCAAGGUGCCGAUCCACAAAUGUUUCCAACUCGACGAGAUCCCCAUGACCGAGAUUGGCAAGCGCGACCUCAAGAAGAUCAAGUGGAUCGCCGAGAACAACGAUCUGCACCAAGGAUCCGUUGUGUAUCCCCGUCUCGCCCCCAGCGAGGCCCCGCUGUUUCGCAUCGCGGCUGCAAUCUCCAGCCUCGGCAGCCAGCUCCUCGGGAUUCCCUCUCUCGACGGCCGCAACUACAGCAUCAGCGGGGCUGGGUUUGACUCGCUGAGUGUUGGCCGCCUGGCCCUCGCAAUCAAGGAAGAGUACGAUGUCGAGAUCUCGCCGAUGAUGCUGCUCUCGAACGGCCUGACGCCCCUCGAUGUCGCCCAGCUGGUGAUUGAUCUCCAAGGCAACCACCCGCUGAUGCCACCGACAGUCGACCUCGACCAGGAGGCCGCCCGGCUCGACGAUGCGAGUGUGACGGCCGAGGGUCUCCCUCCACUUGUCUUUCCCGAGUCGCCUCGCGGCAUCGUCCUGACGGGGGCCACUGGCUUCCUCGGAUCGUUCCUGCUGUACGAGCUGGCUGCCAAGUUCCCUGCUGCCAGGAUCUACUGUCUGGUCCGAGCCGCGAGCGACCAGGCUGCCGUCGACCGCAUCUUUGAGACAGCCAGGAAGCUGAUCCUCAACCCGCAGCAGACGCACUACCUCGUGAACAAUGUCAAGCCGCGACUCGUUGGUGUCUGCGGCGAUCUGUCGCUCGACCAGUGGGGACUGACCAACAAGCGAUGGAAGAAGAUCGGCAAGGAGACCGACAUGGUUGUGCACUGCGGCGCCGAGGUGCACUGGCUCGACGACUAUGAGGCGCUCAAGGGGCCGAAUGUCCUGGGCACGGCGACGGCCCUGCGGCUGGCCACGACCCACCACCUGAAGCCGCUGCACUUCAUCUCGGCGGUCGGGGCGAUUCCCAUGGCACGGGGUGCAAGGACGCCGCUCGAGGAGAGGGUGUAUUCCAACUGGAGCGUCUCUGGCGGGUAUGCACAGACCAAGUGGGUCUCUGAGCAGCUGAUCAACAAGGCACGAUCGAGGGGAGUGCCUGCGACGAUCAUCCGACCAUCGCUGAUUGCAAGCGACAGUGUCUAUGGAGUGUGCCACUCGGACGACUACAUCUGGCAGUACAUCAAGGGGUGCAUCCGCAUCGGGAUCGCUCCCUCCAAUGCCACCCCCGUGACCAUCACCAUGAAUCCAGUCGACCAUGUCGCCAAGGUGGUCGCUGCGAUCGCAGCCUCCGAGGUGGCCCUGCCCAAGUUUGUGUUCCACAUC